AUGAAUACAACGGUAUGGCAACUUGGGCAUUUGACCCUCCCAGAUCAAGAAAAGCUAGAAAAAAAAACUACACCGGAAGAGAAAGAAAAUAAUGAUAAUAGGCAGGAUGAUAUCAAUGACAUGCCCCCAAUAUCCUUAGACAUUUCUGAUGUUGUUAAUUCCACAUCUACAACUUCAUUGGAUCAUUUAUCACCAAAAUUUGAAGAAGUGAUUGGAAAAUCUAAAGAAAAUAGUAAGAUAGACGUAUUAGAAGAUAAGAAAACUGUCUAUAGUAUUAGUAACAUUCUUAACCAAAAGACAGCGGCGCUUAAUCAAUCAAAAAGUCCAUCACCAGACCAAUUACAAAUAAAAAGAGACAUUUCAAGUGAAAAUAGUAGCAGUGAAACAGUCUCAUCAUCUGAACAGGAGAUAAAUAUUAACGUUGCUACUUUAUUAAAUCCUUAUUUAACAAAUUCUUUAGCUCAUCUUAUCAACCAAUCAUCAUUAGCUGUUUUAUUUAAAAUGCAACAAGCUAUGUACUCAUCACAUACAGGAAAAGGAAAUUCAAAUGCUUUUCAACUUCCUGAUUCAAGAACUUUCCUAUCAACAUCUCCACUUAACAAUAAUAGUAAUAAUAAUAAUAAUAAUGAUAUUCCUCAACAAUUACAACCAGUUGUAACACUCGCUUCAAAUAUAACAACACCAUCAUCAACACCAGGUCCAAUAUCAGAGACAUCACGUUACAAUCCAUCAUUACCAUCUAUUUCAACACCUUUAGGUUGUUCUGGUCCUCAAGGUUACUGGAAUUCAUGGAUGAAACAGAUGGGUGAAACAAAUUAUUCAAGAACCCCAGAAUCCUUUUAUCCAAUGUCGCAACCAUUAAAUGGUCAAAGAGGAAUGAAUCCAUUUUCAUUAUUUCAACCUUUUCAACAUUCUGUAAAUCCACAACAUGGAUAUGCACAAGGACAAUUGACAUCAGGAAUAAAUAUAACACAACAAGCAAAAAAUAAUUUAAAUCCUUCACCUAGAAAUUAUCAACAUCAUAUUCAUUAUAAUAAUAAUAAUAAUAGUGGGAAUGCUGUUAAUUUACAACAAAUAUCACCUAAUUCAAUGUCUAUUGGUGGAAAAAAACACUCUAGGCCUACAUUUAGUAGUACACAGAUUUUUAUGCUUGAAAAAAAAUUUGAAACAACCAAAUAUUUGGCUGGGCAAGAUCGUGCUACUUUAGCUGCUGAACUUAAUAUGACUGAAAGUCAAGUUAAGGUAUGGUUUCAAAAUAGAAGAACAAAAUGGCGCAAAAAAGAAGCAGCUGAUAAUGUUUCUUCAAAAUCUUCAUAUCAAGGAGAUAUUGAUGAUAUAAAAACUGAACAUAUAGACAUUAGAAAUGUCAUAUCAACACCAUACAAUUUAACAAAUACUCAUUAA